CACAUUAACGCUAGCCUAAACAUGUCAGGUGGACGUCUGGCUGUGUCAACAUAGCCUUUCCAUACUGUAUGAGAGUAUAGGUGCAACGUUGUGCCACAUAUUAGUAAUGCUUGCUGUCCUCUCUGUAAUAUCCACAUUCUAUCUAUCUUGCAACCUACGUUAUUCCGUAUUAUUAUCGUUAACUGGUUUACCAUAAUACUUUUUUUAUCUACACAGUAACUUAACUUAACUUGCUGGAAAGGGACGAACGGUCAGAUUGUUUUACUCUGACCUUCCUACCAUGAUAGCCAAGCUUUAGGUAACCGGAAUAGAUUUAUCUUAAGUGGUUGGCCGACACUAAUAAUAGUCAUUGAGCUGGUAAGUAAUUGGAACAGUUCGCAAGCAGCGGAGUGCUAGUUAGCUAAUCAACUAUCCAUACAGAAACAUCAGCAGCAUGGACGACAACACAUCCCCAUCAGGAGAGUCCAAAAGCGGUCUCACCGGACUGCUCAAGGGGGCCGCACCGGGCUACUCCACCACGGACCUGGCUGGGGUUCCCUUGACGGGCAUGAGCCCCCUGUCGCCGUACCUGAAUGUAGAUCCAAGAUACCUUCUGCAGGACACGGACGAGUUCAUCAUGCCCACGGGCUCCAACAAGACCAGAGGGCGCUUUGAGCUGGCCUUCUUCACCAUCGGCAGCUGCUGCAUCUCAGGUGCUGCGUUUGGAGCGUUGAGUGGCCUCCGUAUGGGGUUGGCGGAGACCAAAGACAUGGCCUGGUCCAAGCCACGGAACGUGCAGAUCCUGAACCUGGUGACGCGGCAGGGGGCCUCCUGGGCCAACACAGUCGGCUCUGUAGCCUUGUUGUACAGUGUAUUUGGAGUGGCCAUUGAGAAAGCCAGAGGAGCUGAGGAUGACAUCAACACUGUGGUUGCCGGGGCGCUGACAGGUGUGCUCUACAAAUCACCAGGUGGCGUGCGCAGUGCGGGGCGGGGGGGGCUGGGGGGGCUGCUGCUGGCGGGGGGGUACGCGCUCUACAACAACUGGGAGCAUCUGAAGAGCUCCGCCCCCAGCCGCCACUGACCAACGGCAUGCUGGGAUACUGGAGGACCACCGGCAUGCUGGGAUACUGGAGGACCACCGCUGCCACGCCUCCACAAGCAACACUGGUCACCAUCAUACACUAAUCUGAUUGGGCAGCUCGCUAUCAUACACUAAUCUGAUUGGGAAACUUGCUAUCAUACAAUAAUCUGAUUGGGCAGUUCGCUAUCCAAUACACACAAUACAGUAAUCUGAUUGGUCAGAUUGCCAUCAUACAAUAACCUCAUUGGUCAGCUCACUAUCAUACAAUAAUCUCAUUGGUCAGCUUGCCAUCAUACACUAAUCUGAUUGGGCAGCUCGCCAUCAUAUAUUAAUGUGAUUCUUCUUUGCACUCAUCGUUAAGCCAACUGCACUAGUGCGUCUCACGCACCAAUGGGAGUCUGCCAGGUCAUCAUGACGCGUCUCGCGCACCAAUGAGAGUCUGCCAGCUCAUCAUGAUGCGUCUGGCGCCCAGAGGAGCUGACUGGACUGUCCCAGUAAAUAGGCGCAUUUGACUUCAUGUAGCCGUCUUAAGACGACUGCAGACGAGACUAUUUCUGACA